AUGAAUUCAAAAGCAGCUGGUACUGCAGCUUUUAGUUUCAUUGCUUUUGUUUUGUUAAUUCCACCAUUUUCAUGGCACCUCAAGUCAAGGAACGUGCCAGCAAUUUUGUUGGUGACAUGGUUGUUACUAGUAAACUUGAUUGGGCUUAUCAAUACACUCAUUUGGAGUGGAGAGAAUUUUGAUACUGUUUACGAUGGUCAAGGUUGGUGUGAUAUCACCACAAAGGUUGAAGCAGCAUCAUCGCUUGGAAAAUUAUGUGCCAUCGCAUGUCUCUCAAUGAACUUGUACUUUAUCUUGUGUGCAAAGAAUCCACUCUUUAUGGACAGUAGAAAUUGGAGAAAGAUUUGUAUUGACCUGGCAAUUUGUCUUGUUACUCCCGGUUUGAUUAUGGUUUUUAUUUAUAUUGCCCAAGCAAGACGUUACGCGAUUGUUAGAUACCAGGGAUGCGUCACAGUGUUUUCACCAACAAAUGCAACUAUUGGCUUGUACCUCAUCUGGCCAUUGAUUUGGAGUUUUGUUGCUUUGUUUUUUGCAGUGUUGACGUUGUACAAGUACUUUCAAAAGAGAAAAGACGUCAAGGAUAUUCUCAAAUGUACAAAUUCAGGUUUAAACUUGAGACGGUUUGCCAGGCUUUUGAUAUUUAGCUUCUUGAUUGUGUUUGCAUUGACGCCGCUUUCCAUUUACUAUUUUGCUCAGAAAGUGUCUUACACACAAUACCCUUUCCAUUGGAUUGAGGUACACAGUUCAGACUGGGGAGAUAUUUACUAUGCAGAUUUUGGUUUCUUUGCUGUCAUUGAUAGGUUGGUGAACUCAGCCUUAUCAGUUGUGGCGUUCCUUUUGUUUGGUUUGGGAACGGAUGCAUUGAAGAUGUACAGGUCCUUCCUAGGAUUGGGUCAUAAAGAAUCUGGUGAACCAUUAUCGAAAGAAACGACUUAUACCCAUAAUGCUACGCCAACAAAGCUUUUAUCCAACAAGUCCCAAUUCAGUGAUCGUACAAAUUACAGUGAACCAACAUCCUUGGACGAAUUUGGUCGGGUGAUGCAGGAAUUAGGAAUAGUUGACGAAACUGCACUGGAAUUGGAAUCGGGUAGAGUGAAACAAAGCUUCCCCAAGAAAAUAGUCAACGUUGGAGUUCUUGAAAUCGAAGAUUUUAGCUCAAAUGGAGAUUUUUUAUAUAAGUAUGAAGUUACACAGAAAAAGUAG